AUGGCGCACAUUUUCAAUGCAGGAAAUGAGCACCCGCCGUCCCAAGCGGGUCCCAUGCCGUUGCGACCCCACCGCAUAUCCAAAGAGGUCAAAUCAAACUUUACCUUUUUCAACAUCUCCCAUCCAUCGGAGGUCAAAAGUACCCAGCGUCGUAAGCAAGUCCGCAGCCAUAUCACACGGGAACAGCAUCGCCGUAGGAAGCUGCCCCUGGCGAUUAGGAGCUCCCAGGCUCAUGCAUUACUCGAUGCUUCGCUACAGGCAAAAGAACACCAGGUCGCGUCGCUACCCACGUCGCCUGUGCCAUUGGAACACUCCGAUGACAGCAUUGGGUCAGAGUCGAGAAAGCGCAGAAGAUUAGCAACUCCUUCAUCUACUGGAGGAGCCUCUACGGACAGUCAGGCCAGCAUCGCCGACGCGAAGACCGAUCAACGACGUGACAUGGGGCAAGCCACGUCGCGUCACGUAAUUCCGCRUCCAACGCUCCAUACCAUUGUUCGAAAUGACCCAUUUACGACCUAUCAAGUACCGUGGCAACCCUGGUACGAUAGGCUACUGCACCAUAUGAUGAAAGUUUUUGCGCCACGCGGUUGGCCGUCGCUCACAAUAACGAACGAACAGGGCGUGGACUGGGAGUAUUUCAUGACGCAGAAAGCAAUGGGAGAGCCUGCACUUCUCUACGUACGCUUGCUCUUUGCUUCUGGAGACAUGGUGCGACUGGGCGUCCUUGAGCGCGAGCGCACGUACUCGCUACAUUUGCAUGCGAUCAAAGCCAUCAACGAAGCACUUUCCGACUCUGAGCGCUGUGUUUCCGACGGGCUGAUUCUGGCGGUCGGGCGCAUCGCUCUCCACGAGUUCAUGUAUGGCGACCGUACCGCAGCGAACCAAAUCCAUCGGCCUGCACAAAGACGAAUGAUUGAUCUCCGCGGCGGAAUGAUGGCCCUGGGAUUUCCAGAUCUGGUCAAAAGACUGAUGCGCUGGGCGGACAGAGUCAUGUCCCUCCAGGGCAAUACACCCCGCUUAUUACCUGAUGAAGAAGAUCUCGAUAAUCAGACAUUUGGCAUGCAACAGAGUCUGAAUGUUCUCGAUGCCUGGGCGCCGGAUACUGGCCGGGCUGUACGGAAAAGGGUUGAUGAGGCUACAUUGCAAAGGGAGUGA